AUGUCGCAGCAGGCACAUGAGAAGCAGCAAGACCCUCCUUCGCCAUCUCGCGACGAAGAGAGGGCAUCGAUUUCGGAUUCAGAAGCUGCUCCUAACAACUCAGACGCCGACGAAAGCGACAGUGGCAGAAUUUCACCGACAAACGGAGAAGACCCGACUAGCGAGUCCAAGGGCAUCGAGGUACCCAGCAAGUCCAAGGGCAACGAGGAAUCCGGCGAGUCCACGGUCAAGCAGGAGCCCAACGAAAGCAAUGUCGACGAACAUGGUGAAUAUAUUGACCGGCGAUCGGGCUCCUCCACCUCACCCAAGCGUUUCUCCACCACAUCGAACCUGGACAACGUUAAUCUGGACGAUGAUGCUCCGGAUACUGCCGCCGAGGGUACGAAGAGUCUUACAGAGAAAGAGCACACCAAUAAGACCAUCUCUCUCAGUAGCAUUACAAGUGCGCUACCCUCCAUGCCAUGGUCACCACCUGCCGAGCCAUCACCAUCUCGCAGUCCGAACCCUCUGCCAGCAGCUCUCGCCCCCCAAGUGUCACAGCCAACACUCACAGCUGCAGCACCGCCGCCGCCACCUCCGCGAAAACUGACGAGUCCCUUCUCCUGGCUAUCUCGAAACUCGAGUAAAGACAAAGAAGCUACUCCUGCUGCGAACCAGACGUCGCCACGCAGAAACACUGCAAGCUCAGUCGCAACGCUUACCAGCAACCCCGAGAUGCUGUUGAGUCGGCUUGAGGAGGAGAAGGACGAGCAAGCACAUGGAGAAAGCCUCAAAGACAGAUUCAAGCUACUGCGUCUGCGUGAGGAGGCUGGUAUCACGGCACCUUUAGUUGAGGAUACCAAGGGCGAAUGCGCAGACACGCCACCCCCUAACCACUCCACUCUCACUGAGGCCCCGCCACCGUCGUCUGUCCCUGAGCCCGACGCGACAAUGCCGGCUGGUACCAUGUCUGGGGUUCAUGCCGGUCCUUCAGCAAUGCCGGAAACUGAGGUUGACUGGGACCUGUGGCAAUCUGUCGUGUACGAAGGUCCAGCUGCGGUGGCGAGGACGAGCGCCGCAGAACUCAACAGAGCCAUCGCCACUGGCAUACCCAGUGCCAUUCGGGGCGUCAUCUGGCAGGUCCUCGCGCAAAGCAAGAAUGACGAGCUGGAACUGUUGUACAAAGAGCUAUCAGUGAAAGGGACCGAAAAGGACAAGACAAGGAAUAGCAAUAGCACGACGACAAGUGCUGCGAGCAAUAUGAACUUGAGCGUACAUAGCGGCGAUGCUAUUGCGUCUUCGUCAUCCUCGGUCCAUUCAGAAAAUUCCGGAGGGGCUGGUCCAGUCUCGCCGCAUGUUGACAAAGGAGCCGAGGCUGCAGCCAAAGCCAACGCGGCGGAGAAUAAGAAGAAAGAAAAAGAGGACGCCGCGGCGUUGCAGAAGCUCGAAAAGACGAUCCGCCGCGACCUGGGAGCUCGCACCAGCUAUUCCAAGUACGCAGCCGCCGCUGGCCUCCAGGAUGGUCUAUUUGGCGUUUGCAAGGCAUAUGCUCUGUAUGAUGAAGGUGUCGGCUACGCGCAGGGCAUGAACUUUCUCAUCAUGCCCUUGCUGUUCAACAUGCCCGAACAAGAAGCCUUUUGCUUGCUUGCGCGCUUGAUGCACAACUACGGUCUGCGUGAUUUGUUCAUUCAAGAUAUGCCUGGUCUACACAUGCGCCUGUAUCAGUUCGAGCGACUGCUUGAGGACUUUGAGCCAGCCUUGUACUGUCAUUUGCAUCGCCGGGGCAUAUCAGGGCAUCUCUAUGCCACACAAUGGUUCUUGACCCUUUUCGCAUACCGUUUCCCCCUGCAGCUCGUCUUGCGGAUAUACGAUUUGAUCAUGUCUGAAGGCCUCUCGGCUAUUCUGCGAUUUGGUCUUGUCCUGAUGCAGAAGAACGCGGCCACGUUGUUGUCGCUGUCAGAUAUGCAGCAACUGACAGUCUUCUUGAAGGACAAGCUCUUCGAUGCUUACAUUGACAAGGAUCCUAGUCAAGGCAGUCUGCUCGAAAGCGGCUUCUUCGGAUCAUCCAGCUCCAAUAUGGAGAAGGAGGUAUACAGAGCCGACCAACUCAUACGCGACGCUUGCGAGAUAAAAAUCUCACCAGAGACACUCAAGGCGUACGGCUUGGAAUGGGAGGAUAAGACUCAAGCCGAAAAACAACGUGAAACAGAGCUCUUCGACCUAAGGAACAACAAUCAGCAUUUGACCAUCAAAGUGCGCAAGCUUGAGGAGCGUGUCGAGGUCUGUGACAGGGAGCAGGCUGCUCUGGCCACUGAGAUGGUGCACGCCAAAGUUGAGAACGAGGAGCUCAAAGAUGAGAACGAAAGUCUGAAAGGCCAAGUUCGCGAACUCAAGCUGGUCAUUGAACAACAACCCCAAGAGCUUGAGGGCAAAUGGGCUCUAGAACGCGAGGACCUCAUGAAGCGCAACCAGAAAGUGCACGAAGAAAACGAAGAGCUCGAGAAGACCCUUCAGGAGCUCGAGGAGCAGUUGGUGCAGACUAAGAUGCGCUACGCAGAGAUAAACUCGCAACAUGAGACCCUGACUCGCAAGUGGUCCGAUUUGAAGCGUCAGUUUGCGUAG